UUUUCCCUUGACUUUCAGGAUCAUUUUGUAGGUGACCAGCAUCCCAAACACACCUCCCAGUUUCGGUGUGGUGUCUCGUCACUUUCCUUCUGCUCCAGAGAGAGCAGAUCUUUGGCAAACAGGUCGGAGAAGCUUCAAAACAUCUUUUAGGUUUUCUUGAAUUGACUCAAGGAGGCCAUAAGGGACUUACAGGGGCAGAGUUACUCUCCUCAGGUCUUGCUGUGUUUGAGGAGGAGCGAUUAUGGAUGUCCUGGCUUUAGAGGCUAAGGGGGUUAAGGCUGAGGCCAGUCCACUACCUGCCCCAUCGAAACCCAGACCUAAAACACCUAAAAAACCUAAACGAAUCGUUUACUUUGAGGUGGAGCUUCUGGACGCCAAGACCAAGGAGAAGCUGCUGCUCUUGGAUAAGGUUGAACCAUCUGCUACUAUUUUGGACAUAAAGUCAAUGUUCCACAAAUCAAAUCAGUGCUGGUAUCCUGCCAGACAGUCUCUGUGCCUGGACCCGAAGGGAAAGCCCUUGAAAGAUGAAGAUAUCCUUCAGCAGCUUCCAGUGGGAACCACAGCUACCUUCUACUUCAGGGACCUGGGAGCCCAGAUCAGCUGGGGGACAGUGUUCCUAGCUGAGUGUGUCGGACCGCUCUUCAUCUACCUGAUGUUCUAUUUCAGGCUGCCCUUCAUCUACGCCCCCAAGUAUGACUUCACAACCAGCAAACACUGGGUCGUGCAUAUAGCAUGUCUGUGUCACUCCUUCCAUUACGUCAAGAGGAUUCUGGAAACGUUGUUUGUGCAUCGCUUCUGCCACGGUACCAUGCCGCUGCGCAACAUUUUUAAGAACUGUUCGUAUUAUUGGUGCUUUGCAGCCUGGAUGGCUUACUACAUAAACCACCCGCUCUACACACCACCAUACUACGGCGAGCAGCAAGUGAAGACGGCACUUGGGAUUUUCCUGUUUUGCCAGUUGGGGAGCUUCUCAAUUCAUGUUGUUCUGCGCAAUCUCAAAACUCCUGGUUCCAAGACGAAGAAGAUCCCAUAUCCAACCAAAAAUCCUUUCACAUGGAUCUUCACAGUGGUUUCUUGCCCAAAUUACACCUAUGAGGCAGGCUCCUGGCUGGGCUUCACCAUGAUGACUCAAUGCCUUCCUGUCGCCUUCUUCACAGUCAUCGGCUUUGUACAAAUGACUGUGUGGGCGAGAGGCAAACACCGCAGCUACCUGAAGGAAUUUAAGGAAUACCCAACCCUGCGUUCACCCAUUCUGCCCUUUAUCCUCUAGCAUUAACACACACACACACACAGAAAAUCCUUGAAACUAAUCCUGUCUCAAGAUCAUUCUGCUUGAUAUACAGUGGUGCUUGAAAGUUUGU